AUGACAAAAACUGGGUCUAAUUCUAAUCACAACCAUCAUGACGAUGGUUUUGGUAAGACCAACAACAAUAACAACCCUAGUACGAGGUCUUGGGGAACGGCGGUUUCAGGUCAAUCGGUGUCUACUAGCGGCAGUAUGGGAUCGCCGUCUAGUCGGAGCGAGCAAACCGCAACCGUGGCUACGUCGGCUAGUGACAGUACUUUUAUCCGUUUGAACAAUUUGGAAAUUCAAGGUGAUGAGGCUGGUUCUCAAGGAGCUUCUGGUGGUAAGAAGAAGAAGAGGGGACAGCGUGCGACUGGUCCAGAUAAAAGUGGAAGAGGGUUACGUCAAUUUAGCAUGAAAGUUUGUGAAAAGGUGGAAAGCAAAGGAAGAACAACUUACAACGAGGUUGCGGACGAGCUUGUUGCUGAAUUUGCACUGCCAACUAACGAUGGGACAUCCCCGGAUCAGCAACAGUAUGAUGAGAAGAACAUAAGAAGAAGAGUAUAUGAUGCUUUAAACGUCCUCAUGGCUAUGGAUAUAAUUUCCAAGGAUAAAAAAGAGAUUCAAUGGAGAGGUCUUCCUCGGACAAGCUUAAGCGACAUUGAAGAAUUAAAGGCCGAACGACUCUCACUCAGGAACAGGAUCGAAAAGAAAACUGCAUAUUCCCAAGAACUGAAAGAACAAUAUGUAGGCCUUCAGAAUCUGAUACAGAGAAACGAACACUUGUAUAGCUCUGGAAAUGCUCCUAGUGGCGGUGUUGCUCUUCCAUUUAUCCUCGUCCAGACUCGUCCUCACGCGACAGUAGAAGUGGAAAUAUCAGAAGAUAUGCAGCUCGUGCAUUUCGAUUUCAACAGCACUCCAUUCGAGCUCCACGAUGACAAUUUUGUCCUCAAGACGAUGAAGUUUUGCGAACAGCCGUCAUUGAACAACGGCCACAAUAACAGCCAGGUUUCUUCUCACACUUUUGCACCGGAAAACCAUAACGAAGGCCCUAGCACCGGUCCAGCGCCACCACAGCCAACAGAUAUGUACCAGUCUCAUCCUCAACCACCACAACAUCCUCCUUCCGCCACUGAUUCUGCUCCGGUAACAUCACAGCCUCUUCCCGAGUCCCGUGUGAAGCCGGAGAAUUGA